AUGGACUACUCUACCAUCUCUACCGAUCCAGAUCAUCCCACUGGUACUUCACCCUGGGGUUCACCGCGUGUUGAACGAGGCACCUUCCCCACUUCCAACAUUGACAUCCCGACCUCCCCUUUACCCGGCCAGGAGCAAUCACCGGACGUUGGCAGGGGCCGCAUUGCUGAACCACAAUCUCCAGACCUCUCUGUACAACUGCAGAGCGCACAAUUAGGAGACCCGGACUAUCCCGAGCAUCCUCCAUUCGGUGUGCACCAUUCUCCAAAUGUUCACCAACAGCCAUCUCCUAUACCCGCACAAUACCAGAUCGGAGCACGACAAGACCUACGGCCUCCAGCCCCCGUCUAUAAGAUCCAAGCAAAAAUUACUGGUCUAGAGAGGACGGGAAAGAAAGACCCAAUUCUGCGUUUCGACGUGCAUACCAAUGUCCCCAAGUUCCGCACGACCCAAUACCGGGAUGUGCGUCGAACCCAUUCCGAAUUUAUCAAGCUCGCAGACCACCUAGUCUCCGCCAACCCAGAAGCUCUGGUCCCUGCCGUGCCAUCACCAGUGACACCGGCCGGCGCAGGCACUGAGGAGGACGAGAUUCGCAUAAAAUCGGCAAUUCAGAGAUGGCUCAAUGUUGUGCUAAGCAAUGAGGUCCUCAUCCAAGACGACGAGGUUGUGCUGUUCGUGGAGAGCGACUUUGGUUACAGCCCCGUGCUGCGGAUGAAGCAGCCGGCAACAGGCGUGCGACGGAAGAUGUUGAAGCAAUUCGCGCCGCCUCCAGAUGACACACCUGAGUUGCAAGCUGCUCGUCCAACUGCGAAGCUGUUCUACUUGGGAUCAAUGGACACAAGCCACAAGGUGGACCGAGUUGUUAAGGCCCGUCGUGGGCUUGGAUUGGCUGAAGCCGAUUUCGGCGUGAAGCUCGGUCAGAUGAGCGUACAGGAGACUCAUCCCGGCUUGGGCGCCGCUUACCGUAAACUUGGCAAGAUUAUUCAAACUGUUGGCGACUACCAUGCUGUUCAGGCCACCGCCGAGGCUACCACGCUCGGCGAACCGUUGAGUUAUCACUCUUCAGACGCCUUCAUCGUGAAGGAAACCCUGACCAACCGUCAUAUUCUCCUGCGUGAUCUAAUCCAGGCUCAACAAAGUGCGCGGAGCAAACGUGCUGCGGCAGACCGCUUGAAAGUUAGCUCAUCGGUGCGUCCGGAUAAGGUAGAUGAAGCGAUCAAUGCUCUUGAGGAGGCUCAGAACCAUGAAGAUCAUUUGACGAAGCGGACCCAGCGUGUCACCUCGAACCUUCUCCAAGAGAAGCGCCGCUGGUUUGAUCGGACCACCCAGGAUCUUCUAUCUAGCCUGCGUGAGUACACUCUCCGUCAGAUCGAAGCCGAGCGUCGUACUCUGGCUACCUUGGAGAGUGUUCGACCCGAUAUCCGUGCCAUUGACGCUUCCGGUGGGCUGAGCCGGCUUGGUCGCGAAUCUCACCCAGCGACGCGCCGGCCAAACAUGGCUUCGAGCCAGGGCCCUAAGGGUGACUCGUGGAGCGGUGUUCCUCGCCGCAAUGACGCCGUUGGACGCAGCAUGAGUGGCAGCUUUACUGCACCCUCGCUCCCUGAUGAUGACGACGAGGCGAACUCUAGUAAAGGGCGCAACCGAGCUUCUAGUCAGGUUGGGUCGAUCGCGGAGGAAGAUGAUGACCGUCUGGAUGCGCGAAAUGCAGCCAGCCGACUGGCCACCAGCACGUUCUAA